UUAGUUUAAUUGAAAAUUGUAUUGAAUGUUAUACUAAUUUAUUGCCUUUUAAGGCCCAUCAGCUUCCUUCUGAUAUGUUGGAUUUUUCCAAAGAUAUUAACUUAGAUCUUUAUCAAAGUCAAUAUCCAAGCAAUCACUCCUCGGAAUCAAACAGAUUGGAUGAAGAUUUUCCCUUAUUACCUUCAGAAAUUCAAUGUGAAGGAUACUCGUAUAAUGAACUCUAUGAAAAUUUAUUUGAAUCAUCAGAUUCUAGUAGUGAAAAUGAAACCCUUGAUUGUAAUAUAGAUAGUCAACAUAAAUAUUCAUUUUAUAUCAAAGUAAAUGAUUCAUUUAAUACCUUUGAACAGAUUGAAAGAAAACUUGAUAGAUAUGCUAUGGAACGUGGAUUUGUAGUCAGAAAAG